UGCUACCACAAGUGUGUGUGUGUUUUGUGUGAGUGUGUGUGAGUGACCAUUCUUCAGCAUGGAUGUCCAACAUGGAGCCACUGGGGAUUUCUCCACCAGGAACCCUCAGGAUGACUUUGAGAUCCUGUUGAGGGUCGGAUGGGGAACCUACGGGGACGUUUACAAGGCGCGAAACAAGCAGACUGGAGAGCUGGCAGCCAUUAAGAUUAUCACGAUGGAACCAGAAGAUUACUUUUCCACCAUCGAGCAGGAAAUAGUCAUAGUUAAGAGCUGCAAGCAUGCCAACAUUGUGGCGUAUCAUGGCAGCUACAUAAGUGCUAAUAAGCUGUGGAUCUGCAUGGAGUUCUGUGGGGGAGGCUCCCUGCAGGAUGUCUAUAGUGUGACCGGCCCUCUGUCAGAGCCACAGAUCGCAUACAUCUGCAGAGAGAUGUUGCAGGGUCUGGACUACCUCCAUGCACAGAGGAAAAUCCACCGAGACAUCAAGGGUGCCAACAUCCUCCUCAACGACCAGGGCGAGGUGAAGUUAGCCGACUUUGGCAUCUCCGCCCAAAUCACAGCCACUCUCGCCUGUCGCAUGUCCUUCAUUGGGACGCCUUAUUGGAUGGCGCCAGAGGUGGCAGCAGUGGAAAUAAAAGGUGGCUACAAUGAGCUGUGCGACAUCUGGUCGGUGGGCAUCACGGCAAUCGAGCUCGCAGAACUGCAGCCGCCCAUGUUUGACGUCCACCCGCUGCGAGUCCUGUUUCUCAUGUCCAAGAGUGGCUACCAACCUCCUAAGCUGAAGGACAAGUCAAAAUGGUCGCCCACGUUCUAUAACUUUGUCAAGGCAAUGUUGGUGAAGAACCCAAAAAAGAGACCCAGUGCCUCCAAGUUACUCUCACACAUAUUUCUGGCACAGCAGUGCCUGACCCGGGAACUGACUCAGGACCUCCUGGAGAAGUGUCGACACCCGGAAAAAGUCAAGUUCUUCCCGGCGACAGAGGACGACGACACAGAGGUGCCUGUGUCUGGAUCACUAAAGAGGAUCCAGUCGAUCAACAAACACAGUCGAGCAGAGGGGAAACACUCUCACACAACGUUGGAGCAGAUCUACUCUCAGAGGCCUGUGAGGAAACAAACAGCAGAUACAACACUGACGUCGUCAGGUGGUUCGCAUAGCAUCAGCACACAUCCAGUGAGGGACGAGGACACCGACUCAGACGACGACUAUGACGAUGUGGAUGUGCCGACCAUGGCGGACACGCGAGUGACGAUGCCAGCCGUCCAAACUCCGCCCCCACUUCCCCCAAAGCCCAAGGUGCGGUCGAGCUCAGAGGAAAUCGUGUGGGUGGAAGACGAGCGGGGCUGCAAAGCGCCUUCGCUGUGCGUUCCCUCCCCUCUCAUCAGAACCUCCAGUGGGACACACGUGCGGCCCGCUCUCCACCCACGAGUGAUGCGGCACACAGAACCCGUGUCCAUGCUGUUGAACAAGCAGUUGCUGGAGCUUCUCCCCCCUGAGUUGCCUCCUAAAGGCAGACGCAGACCCCAGAAGCCCCCCACCAAGGAGCCUGCUGCUGCUGAGCGUGUGAGUCCUCUAGUGAAGCCUCUAAUCUAUUUUAAGAAGAUCUUCCACGGAUGUCCUCUCAAAAUAAAGUGCUCCACCACGUGGGAACACCCGGACACCAAAGACCAGCAUCUCAUCCUGGGAGCAGAAGAGGGUAUCUACACCCUCAACCUCAACAGCUCAGAGGCCACAAUGGAGCUGUUGUAUCCUGGGAAGUGCACCUGGGUCUACAGUGGCCACAACGUACUCAUGUCCGUGUCAGGCAAAUCCUCUCAGCUUCACUCGCACUCGCUAAAGGAGCUGUAUGAGCAGGCUCGGAGGGACCAGAGGAUGGUGGUGCUGCCCACGCAUCGGCUGUUGCCGAGGAAGUGUGUCGUGACGUGUAAAAUACCUGACACAAAGGGCUGCAGGACCUGCUCAGUCGGUACGACCAAAUACUACACACAAGUGAUUUUUCGUCUUUCUGGAGGUGUCGCACUAAAAGCUGAGAAUUUCCUGUGCUGUGCUUUGGAGUCCAGCGUGAUGCUGCUGCAGUGGUACGAGCCCAUGAGCAAGUUCAUGCUCAUCAAGCAUUUCGACUUCCCACUCGCCAACCCUCUGCGGGUGUUUGAGAUGGUGCUCGACCCUCAGCAGGAGUACCCGCUGGUGUGCAUAGGGGUCACUUGGGGGUCCAGCCCCGGCCUGCCUGCCACUUUAGAGUACAUUAACCUCAACUCCAACACUUCCUGGUUUACGCAUGCUGACGUAGCAGAGAAACACUGCCCAAAUGUUGUACAAGUCAACCAGCUGGACAGCAGCUCACUGCUGGUCCUCUUGGAAAGGUCAGUGCACAUAGUCGACCUGCGGGGGGCGCUAAAGAGCAACUGGCAAAAUGAGACCACCUUCCCUCAUGAUAUAGAGUCUGUAGUGUACUUUGAGGACACGUUGUUAGCAGUGUGGCGUCACGGCUGGGUGAGGACAAGAAGAGGUGUGGCCCGGAUGUUGGAGGAGACCACCGACCGCAAAAAGAUCUACAGGCUGGUGCAGUCAGACAGGAUGGUCGUCAUGGAGACGCACCUGACCGAGGACCAGUCGGGGCUGUCCAACUUGUACUUGCUGGAAAUCGCUGAGAACUACGUCAUGCUGCCCUGACGCUGCUGCCUGCUCAGAGCAUCAUGGGAUACUUGAUGCCUCCACAAAGGACUCAUUGUGAAGGACCAGCACUUGACUGACUGAUUCCAGGGGAUGUCUGCCCGUGUUUAUCCUCAGCUCAACUGCCUCCGUGGGAUCCAAAACGACGUGUAAACUGACUUUUUCUGUCUGUGUAUUGUCAAUAAAGUGCUGCACUGACUGAUAAAA